CGUGACUGCUUGGAGGCACAGCAGAAGAUUCACGGAAACCAUGGUCGCACACGCUGUGGGUUCAAUCAUCACUCAAUGGGCGCAGAAAAGCCUUUCAGGCUCGUGACCUGCAUCAUCCAUGGAUUGCUCUCGCUCAGAAUACUCCCUGCAAUUAUAACGCCUCCUAGCUGUGGGUUUGCGCUGCGAGGCUGCAAGUCGGAUGCGAGGCGUCCAGUGAGCCACCCGUCUCUCCACUCUGUGCGCAUACUGUGUGUGGUAACUGUGCUGCGCUGGCGUUCUAACAAGCAGAGCAAACUGGCUGCGACUGCCGAAUACGUGAGGCAUGUUGGGAAAGUUAUUCACCCGCUAGCUCUGGCCAUGGUUGUCAUAACUGCUUCACAUCUACACCGCUCUGAAUGGUUGAGGUGUUACGCAAGACAAGUCACCGACGAACCGCCGCAAACAUCGCGAUGAAGCAACUCCGAGUGACAUAGUGAGCUGGUGACAGCAUUUUACUUCAAAUACCGACCCCCUAGCGCUUCUAGAAGGCCAUUUGCGACAGUGCCAGCGACAGCCCAGCGACGGCCCCAGGAUUCAGGAGUCACUUGGCGUCAGGCAAGCGAGAGGCAUCAAACGUCCCG